GUGCGGCCGCGGGCUGAGGCGGCCGCCCGCCCGCCGCCAUGCCGGUGAAGAACCGGUACAACCUGGUGGACGAUGGCUGCGACUCCCGCGUCCCGCUGCACAACGAGGAGGCCUUCCAGCACGGCAUCCACUUCCAGGCCAAGUACAUCGGCAGCUUGGACGUCCCCAGGCCCAACAGCCGCGUGGAGAUUGUGGCAGCCAUGAGGAGGAUCCGGUAUGAAUUCAAAGCCAAGAACAUUAAGAAGAAGAAGGUGAGCAUCAUCGUGUCUGUGGACGGGGUGAAGGUGAUCCUGCGCAAGAAGCAGAAGAGAAAGGAGUGGACCUGGGACGAGAGUAAGAUGGUGGUGAUGCACGACCCCGUGUACAGAAUCUUCUACGUCUCUCAUGACUCGCAAGACCUGAAAAUUUUCAGCUACAUCGCAAGGGACGGCGCCAACAACUCCUUCAGGUGCAACGUCUUCAAAUCCAAGAAGAAGAGCCAGGCGAUGCGCGUGGUGCGCACGGUGGGACAGGCCUUCGAGGUGUGCCACAAGCUGAGCCUGCAGCACGCCCUGCACAACGCCGACGGGCAGGCGGACGGGGCCAGCGACAAGUCAGCCGAGGAGCAGCCGCUGGAAGUCCACCAGAUAAAGGGCUCCAAGAUCACGGAUAUGGACGAGGUUGGCAUCGACACUGAGGGCAUCUGUAUGUCUGAGAGGGGACCUAGAGAGCUGCCAGGUGCCAGGGGGGACCUUGGCAUGCUGAAACCUGGGCAAGCCUCAAAGGAUAAGAACGGCCAGGAUGCCGAGAACUGCUCCCUACACCUGGCCAGCUCCCAGCAGCUGCUCAGCCCGAGCAGCCCCUGCUCCUCAGCCUCCAUCACCCCGCUGGCCUCCCAGCACUGCCUCCAGCUGCUCCAGCAGCAGCUCCUCCAGCAGCAGCAGCAGACGCAGGUGGCUGUGGCCCAGGUGCAGCUGCUGAAGGACCAACUGGCGGCCGAGACGGCGGCGCGGAUCGAGGCGCAAGCCCGGGUGCGGCAGCUCCUGCUGACCAACCGCGACCUGCUGCAGCACGUCUCGCUGCUGGUGCGGCAGCUCACGGUGCUGGAGGCCCGCGAGGAGCAGCGGGACGAGCACCGGCAGCCGGUUGACCGCUCCUUGCAAAACCUGUCCCUGGCCCAAUCCCUCUCCCUGAACCUGAAGAACCACUACAGCCUGGACGUCCACCUGCCGUCCACCUCCACCCCCGCCAGCAUCCUGGGCAGCCCCGUGGCCCCCGGCUCGCUGCCCACCCUGGGCCCCAGGGACUCCUACCUCAACCUCGUCAGCCUGGACAGGGGCAGCCACCGCUACGGCAGCAAGGAGGGGGACGAGUGCCUGGCGGUGCUGGAGGGGCAGGACGGGCUCAGCCGGCGCGUGGAGGGCUCCGAGGUCAGUGACUUCGCUCUGCUCAACGGGAGCAGCCGGCAGAAGGUGGAUGACGCAGACAGAGGGGACGAGGACAGGCGCCAGCCGCCCAUUCCCAAGCUCAACCCGCCACCGCCCAUCCUACGCAAAAGGUCAAGCAAGACCUCCCCGAGCCUGGAGGUGGAGGUGAAGCCUGAGAGCGCUGCCAGCCUGAGCCUGCCCAGCGCCAGCAUCUCCAGCCUCACCAGCAUCACUGCCAGCUCCCUCACCCUCUUGGACUCUGAGGCGAGGACUCCCGCACGGAGCACUGCCUCCAGCACAGAGCCCGGCCCUGCUGGGAUGUGCCAACGCAGCCUGGGCAAGGACAGGACUGGAGAGAGCGGGCCAAUGUCCCCCUUGGCCAGCAUCCGUGACCCAGCAGCCAGCGAGGCCCUGGCCAAGGAGUUGGCAGCCCUGGGCAGCCCCACGGACAGCUCCCUGCCCUUCUCCCCUGCGGACGACACCUGCUUGCACAUCAGCUUCUCCGAGGAUGAGCUGGACACUGCCGUGGGGCCCAGCAGGGUCCUCUCUUAGUGGGACUGCAGUGGGUGGCAGCUGGUGGCAGCAGCCCCGGCAGCUCCGUCCACGACCCUAUGCUGGGGUUGGGGGUCCCUGUGCCCAGGCUGUGAGGCAGGUCCCCUUGCUGUCCCCAUCCCACAUAACAGCUCCCACCACCACCUUGGGGCCACUGCACAGGAUGGGACCUGACCAGCCCUGCCCUUGGUCUGCACCAGCUCACACUGCCAUCCACUGUCCUGUCCCUGCUCACACAGCCAGGGAUGCUCCACGGCAGAAAAUCCCUGGGAACUGAAGGGUGGAAGCCCUGGGCAGGGCACAGCACAGGGCUGGGAACACCCACACACGAGGCUGUUCUGGUUCACCAGUUGCUGCCCUUGGUAGCCUGAGCGAGGCCAUGUGGCACAGCCACAGUGUCACUCCCCUGUCCAGCUCCCCAAGGCGGGUCCCAGGCUGCCACCCCACUGCCACCAUGCUGGUUCUCUCCAGAGCAGCCUGUGUCUACCAGUGCCACACUGUGCCCAGCCCAGCUUUGGGGACAGCAGCCCCACCACUGUGCCCCCACACGGUGAAGCCACCACUGCCUCCCUCCACAGGUGCCUUUUCCCACUCUCCAGCACCCACUGCCCACAUAGGCUGGGACCAUCCCCGUGAGGCCACAGAUGGGUGCAGGGCUGGCCCUGGGAGCCUGUGGCAGUGGGGGGUGACCCCCAAGGAAGGGAAAGGGUGCAUCCCAUGUCUUGGGCUCUUGCUGGUGGCUACAGGCAGGAGGCUGCUCCUUGCACUGGUUUAGGGUGUUACAGUGUGGUUUGGGUUUGUUCUGGGAAGUGUGACUGUCCUGGAAGGAGUUAAGGUCUAAGGAAGAGUGUUGGGUGAAGGGCAGGUUUUGGGGAGGGAACAAGGGGAUCCUUAUCCACCUUGGCUGAUUGUGAGAGGGUGUUGGGAAAGUGUUGGAGAGUCGAGUUGGGAAGUGUCAAGCAGAAAUGGAGACUCGGGGCUGCCACGCUGCCUGUCCCUGACACUGCUGCUCCCACAGGGAGAUAGGGGUGACAGGACACCCCAGAGCCGGCCAUGGCAGUGACAGGGCUGGGAGGGGGCUGGUGACGGGGCUGGGGGCUGUAAAGCUGGGCUGGGCUGUCCCGUAGUGCGGUAGUGACAGCCCAGCCCGUCCGUAGGAUGACGUGUCCGUUCACUGCGGUUCCGUAACGGACUUUUAAAGGAAAAAAUAAAGGUGUCGGAUUUGCAGAGCCAGUGCUGUGUCUCUGCCCCACGGGGCCCACGCAGAGGGAGUCCUGAGGCUGUGGAGUCAGACUCUGGACUGUACAGGUAUUCCCAAAGAGGGAAGAUCCCUGCUGGGAAUGACGGCUGAGCCCCUGAGCUGCCAGCCCACUCCCUACACCCUCCCCAUCCUGCAACCCCAGUACAGGUCCCAGCAGCCCCUUCUGUUCCCCCUGGCAGGGCCAGUGACAGUAGGAGGUCCUGUGUCCCCACACAUGCUACCACAGGGCAGAGGGAUUCCAUAGUCAGGGAUGGGCCCAUCUCCAGUGAACCCCUGCUGUCCAGGCCCAGCAGCAUCCCCACGGGCUGCAUGGCACUGACCACCACCUGCCAGAGCUUCCACCA